AUGGCAGCUCCCAGAUUCCUCCGCCCGGCGUCCCGACUGCUAUCUUCCCGGUUCUGCUCUACUCCAAUUCGCACAGCGUUUCAACCCGCAAAUUGCACUCAAUCCCUAUACCAAAAACGAACCUAUGCGAACCCCAGCGGUGUCAAGGAAGUUGCAGUCAGAGAUGCUUUGAAUGAGGCAUUGGCGGAGGAACUAGCUUCGAACGAGAAAGUAUUCAUCCUCGGAGAAGAAGUUGCGCAAUAUAAUGGAGCCUACAAAGUGACGAAAGGGCUUCUGGACCGCUUCGGCGACAAACGUGUGAUUGAUACCCCGAUUACAGAGGCCGGGUUUGCCGGUUUGGCUGUCGGGGCUGCAUUGGCUGGCUUACACCCAGUGUGUGAAUUCAUGACGUUCAACUUUGCAAUGCAAGCCAUCGACCAGGUCAUCAACUCGGCCGCGAAAACUCACUACAUGUCCGGAGGUAUCCAGCCCUGCAAUAUUACAUUCAGAGGACCCAACGGUUUCGCCGCCGGUGUUGCUGCCCAACAUUCACAAGACUACUCCGCUUGGUAUGGAAGUAUACCUGGAUUGAAAGUCCUCGCACCAUGGAGCUCAGAAGAUGCGAAGGGCCUCUUGAAAGCGGCAAUCCGCGAUCCCAACCCUGUUGUCUUCCUUGAAAAUGAGCUUCUGUACGGUCAAGUGUUCCCUAUGAGCGAAGCUGCGCAAAAGGAUGACUUUGUUCUUCCUAUUGGAAAAGCCAAAAUUGAACGACCUGGAAAGGACCUGACUAUUGUCACCCUGUCACGAUGCGUCGGCCAAUCUCUUAAUGUAGCAUCCCAACUUAAGAGCAAAUACGGCGUUGAAGCCGAAGUGAUCAAUUUGCGAUCCGUUAAGCCCCUCGAUGUUGAAACAAUCAUCAAAUCGGUUAAGAAAACCGGCCAUUUAAUGGCUGUUGAGUCAGGAUUCCCCAUGUUUGGUGUUGGAUCGGAGAUAUUGGCUCUGACUAUGGAGUACGGUUUUGACUACCUUCAGGCACCCGCUAUUCGAGUCACUGGUGCUGAAGUACCCACUCCAUAUGCAUUGAAACUAGAGGAGAUGAGUUUCCCGCAAGAAGAUACCAUUCUAUCUCAGGCUGCUAAACUUCUCCGUGUAUAA